AUGUCUCUUCGCAAAACAUCUUGUCGGUCAUGUGUGACUGCCAAACGCCGCUGUGACCUUGGGUUCCCAAGUUGCUCUCGCUGUCGUAAGAAAUCUAUUGCGUGCCACUAUCCGUAUCCGCCUCCGCAGGCUAAGGACAAUCAGACUCCAGCAACUGAGCCCCAUAUUGGAUCCAAUCUGGAGAUCAGUCCUACUGGCUCGGGCAGCCGCGAACUGGGCCCGUUGGAUGCUUGGAUAGGGAAAUCUAUGAUCGUCAAUCAAGGAGAUGACUUUCUCGAUCCAUUGUGGUUGCCAGAGGGCACAGUAACUUCUGGUGAAGCCUGGGAUUUUUUUCAAGGGGCGCCUGGCUGGCUCUAUCUUCCCGGCUCAGCAGAUGGUUCAUCUUCAGCUUUACCCCGACUCGAACGCAGAGUAUUGGAGUUUUGGCCCCGCGUUGAUGACAGAGAAACCUGGGGGUUUUGCAUCAGAACGUUCCUUGGUUAUGUUGACCAUUUCUUGGAUACGGGCGCAUUACCACUUAUUGAGCCAUUAGUCGAUCGCACAUCAGAUCUUCCACCUCUUUUGCGUGAAGCUUACGGGGUUUGCGCUGCCUAUCGAACGUGCAAACGCGCAAAAAAGCCUUUCUACCAUCAACUCCUGACCGCAGGCGUCAAUAACAUGAGUCUAAGUAACUCAACGCGCACAGAUUUGCAAGACCAAUUGGACCGUAUUCAAGCCUUGGUUCUCUGCUAUAUCAUCUUCCUUGCGGGUGGCAUCAGCGACAAACCGCUCCUCGGACAAUUAGAUCGUAUGUUGGCGCAGGGCACUGCCGACCUGGAGCGGACAGAACUAGCAAGUCGGCAGAGCCCCCGAGACAAGGCACAACUGAACUCUCCUUUUUCCGAGAGCCAUUUGAAUGACUGGGUGCUCUGCGAGAGUGCUCGUCGACUCAUCAUGAUUUCCUAUCUGGUGCGCGCUGUCCACUCAGUGGUCCAAUCUCAAAGAUGCGACUUUAUCAAAUAUCUGGCUGGGCUGCCGGUAUCCACUAAAUCAUACACGGAGCUUUGCUGGGAGGAUCUCAUCUAUGAACCGGGACAAAACUCAGCGCAAUCAACAUUUGGAGUCAUUUCCUAUGACGAUUUUGUGACUGCCUGGGAACAAGGAGGACUUGUGCAUGUGGAUGAGUUCAGGCACCUGCUGCUGGUUGCGUGUAAAGGGUUAGGCUCUGUGCAAGAAAGAGCAUCAAAGGAGCCUAUUCUGAGCUUGUAA